CCGAGCCAACAGUCUUUCCCCUGGGGCACCUGGAUGGUUCGAUGGUAACAAUUGGCUGCUACCUAUACACAAAGUCCGUUGUCAUAUGGCACAGUGCACCCGUCCGUUUAGGGACAUGUACAACAUGGUCUUGAAGACGCCCUUGUUGUUAUCCUUUGUUGGGUCCGACAAUGUUAUUUCGGGGUUUGUUCCAAAGGGUGACAAGGAUAGCGAAAGGUGGCACCCGACUGUUCGCGACGGAUCAGCUCAAAGGGAUCACGGAAAGCACCGUGAAAGCGAGUUGUUUCUUGUCAGUCAGAGUCUCCGCCCGUCUUUCCGGAUCCGAGGGGCCAAACAUUCUCCCCUGGUCACACUCUUUCUCCAUCUUGAUGACAAUAAUCCACAUCCUCUGCAAUAUGCCUUACACUCGAGGGACUACUCUAUCCUGAAGCCGUGGAAUCUGCAAAAGACCCAGAUCGUGGCUGCGCCAUCCACCAGCCUUCUGAUCGCCAAUCCUCCCGCAGUCCCCAUUGUCUCUUCAGCUCGGAGCACACUAAACCCGGACUGGGAUGACGAUUCCCAGCAGAUUGCGUACGCCGUCUCUCUCCAUCCCUGUCUGCCUCAUGCAAACCCAGGUGGGUUCGAGUUGCAUUACCAUGCCGUAUCAGGUUAUGGUUCAGGUACACCCGCACUGGACCGUACUUUCCUCUAUCUACCUGCAAACGAUAACGCUCGUCGCCCAAUUAACAGCAGAAAUUGGGAGACCGGGCUACAGAGACUGUGUCGUGCCAUGUGUUCUAGCCCCUAA